CAAAAAUCCCUUUUUGAACUAACCCUUCGUUUUCCCUUCCAAACCCCUAAUUUUUCUCUCUUCUCAUUAUCACUCUCCGCUAUUUUCCCUAUUUUUCUGUUUUGAUUUCCAGGCUUUAGAUAGAGUUUUGAUUCAAGCUGUAGGGGAAAAGAGAGAAGAAAAAUGUCGGGAUCUGAAGCUGGUGUGAUGACCAGUAGAGAAUCCUUCAAUGUCGCCGUUCAAAAUAGUUCGUUACAGUCGCAGCCGGCGGCCCAAAAUAUGCGAUUAUCCUUCAGUGCCGAUGGCACAGCCGUCUACAAGCCUGUGACUGUGACUCCGACUCCGACUCCGACUCCGACUCCUUCAACUUUACCGUCCUACCAAUCCUCCAUGGCCGGAGUUUCUGGUAAUGCCGGUAAGGAGGGAUCGGCUGGUGGAGGGUCGAUACUGCCUCAUGAUUUGAAUAUAAACUCGGUGGGCAGUGAGCAAAUAAAGAGGAAGAGGGGAAGGCCAAGGAAGUAUGGACCAGAUGGCUCCAUGGCAUUAGCUUUGGGUUCUGGGCAGCCAUCAAGAAGUGGAGCUUCUGAAGGAGGAUUGGGCUCACCAAAUUCAUUGAAAAAAAGUAAAGGCAGGCCAUCUGGUUCUAAGAAAAAGCGACAAUUGGAAGCUUUGGGACCGGCUGGUUUUGGAUUCACUCCACAUGUUAUCGAUGUGAAAGCUGGAGAGGAUAUAUCGUCAAAAAUAAUGUCCUUUUCUCAGAAUGGCCCCAGGGCUAUUUGUAUCCUUUCAGCAAAUGGAGCAAUAUCAAAUGUGACUUUACGUCAACCUGCUACAUCUGGUGGAACUGUUACUUAUGAGGGGCGGUUUGAAAUUUUGUCACUUUCAGGUUCAUUUCUCCUCUCCGACAAUGGUGGUCAGAGAAGCAGAGCUGGUGGUUUGAGUGUGUCUUUGUCCGGUCCAGAUGGCCGAGUUUUAGGUGGUGGCGUCGCGGGUCUUCUUACAGCUUCAUCUCCUGUUCAGGUGGUAGUGGGAAGUUUCAUAGUCGACAGCAACAAGGAACCAAAGCCAGCCCGCCAAACUGAACCCACAACAGCCUCGCCAAUGCUAAACCAAGUCGCCUUUGGUUACUUGACCGGAGGAGCCAGUAGUCCAUCGCACGGGACGCUGAGCGAGUCUUCUGGUGGCGGACCUGGCAGCCCCCUCAACAACAGCUCAGGAGCCUGCAACAACAGCAUCCAUCCACAGACAAUGUCCGGCAUGCCAUGGAAGUAAGUAUCCUAGCAAUUGAAACUUGUUGAGAUCUGAUGCGUCGAGUCGAUAAUCUAAUUUCCAUGACGGGUGUCUGUUUAAAGUUGUAUUUCUAAUGUCUUUUGGUCUGUCAAGAGCAAGCUAAUUUUUGGUAAAAAAAAUGUUCUGUCUUGUCGUGAUACUAGCAAAAUCGAUUAAAGGAGAGGUUCAAUUUCUAAUGUUUUGUUCGUCAAAGGGCUUUGGCUGAUUGUUACAUUGAGUCAUGUGGUUAGAAGAAGGGCUGGGUUAUAUUAA